AUUGUGUGACAUAUGGACAUCCAUUGAUGUUUUAUGUUGCACGGCAUCGAUAUUGCAUUUGGUGGCCAUUGCUGUUGAUAGAUAUUGGGCUGUAACAAACAUCGACUAUAUGCACUCACGGACAAGUAAACGUGUUUUUCUUAUGAUAUUUUUCGUCUGGACUGCCGCCGUCAUAGUAUCACUGGCUCCCCAAUUUGGAUGGAAAGAUCCAGAUUAUUUGCAACGCAUUGAACAGCAAAAAUGCAUGGUCUCUCAGGAUGUUUCGUAUCAGGUCUUCGCCACUUGUUGCACGUUCUAUGUGCCUUUGCUGGUCAUAUUGGUUUUGUACUGGAAAAUCUAUCAGACCGCACGAAAACGCAUACACCGGCGCCGUCCCAAGCCCAUCGAUGUUACCGGCAAUAAUAAUCAGCCCGAUUUGAGCGCAGGAAAAAAACGCAAACGUCUCAGGUUACGUUUUGGCAAAUUUACAAAUGUAAAGACCAAUAUGGCUGUGGGUCGUGGCACAGCAUUGGGUUUGGUUGAAGGCAAUUCCACAAACACCGUCAACACUGUGGAAGUAGAAGACACCGAGUUCAGCAGCAGCAAUGUCGAUAGUAAAAGUCGAGCCGGCAUUGAGGUGACCAGUGCGGCCACAGGACACAGUCAUCAUAGCCAUCAGCAAAGUCAUAGUCACGCUGCCGCCACAGCUACAGCCACAGCCACGGCUACGUGUGCGGCAUCAUCUGCCACAACUGCCAACACCAUGAGCAACAGUAACACAAAUGCCAAUAUCAACACCAAUUUAAAUAACACCGACGAAGAGGUCGCCUCCACAUCAUCAACGCAAAUUGCCACCGUGUCCCACCUGGUAGCUUUAGCCAAUCAACAACGUGAGUCGGCGAAAGCCCAACACCAACAAAGGAAAAGCCUGACACAGCCGGUUACUGUGGUCGAGAAUCCUUUGGAACCGCAUAAAACUGCUACAACCUCCCCAGCCUCAACGCCCACAUGUACAGUUAGUAUAACAGCGGUGGCAGUGAAUGGUGGCACAUCCGCCUCCUCAACUGUCCACAACAAUAAUCAUCAUCAGCAACAGCAGCAUCUACUCCAGAGUCAUGCCACCGAAGUGUUGGCAGAUCCACAAUUGCAACAACAAUUGGAGCAAGUACAACAGCAAACAAUAACAACAAAAGCUGAUGAUGCAGCACCAAGUGCAGAGGCAGCUACAGCUGCAGCUGCAGCAACACAUAAAGGCAUGGGUGGCGUAGGUGGCACCAGUGCCUCUAAUGCCACAACAAUAACUUCCAUAUCAGCCUUAUCGCCGCAAACGCCAACCACAACACCAUGUGGCCCCUUGGCAGUUGCCCCUAGCUCAGCCACACCGGCUACUGCUUCGGCUUCCAGUCAACAGGUGACGCCAGUGCCACGACCCAAAAAUCCCCAACAGCAACUCUCGAGCAUAGCUAAUCCCAUGCAUAAGGUCACCAAGCGAAAAGAAACCCUCGAAGCGAAACGUGAACGCAAAGCGGCAAAAACGCUGGCCAUCAUAACGGGAGCCUUUGUCGUCUGUUGGCUGCCCUUCUUUGUGAUGGCCCUUCUACUGCCGCUGUGUGAAGCCUGCGAAAUUAAUGAUGGCAUAGCCUCAUUGUUCCUUUGGUUGGGCUAUUUCAAUUCAACCCUGAAUCCCGUUAUCUACACCAUCUUCAGUCCGGAGUUUCGUCAGGCAUUUAAGAGAAUCCUGUUUGGAGCCCACCGACCGGUUCAUUAUCGCAGUGGCAAAUUAUAAGAAUAGAAAGGCAGAGGCCAAACGAAAUGCUAGAGAUACCUAAAGGACCACACGACACUAUUCGCUCCCCCCCCCC